AGUUUACAAAGCCUUCGUCUGACAUCUGAUCCCAUGCAGAGUUUGGAACCUGCAAAGAAAGAAAAGGCUUGGUGGAGCCUUGACACGAAUACCACGCACACGCCCAAACCUACAUACUCGCUGUUCCCUUCUGUGCAGCAACAUCGAGCUCCUUCUCCGUUGCGCCAGUUGCAAACGAGUCGUGCUUGAAAUGGCGUUCACUACAGAAUCACCCUUCCUGGAUAUGCUCCCGCCUGAACUUCGGCUUCGGAUCUACGACUACCUUCUCGUCGCAGAUGAGCCCUUGAAGGGUGUAAUUGCUCGGCGCAACACGAAAUACGGGUUGGAUACGAAGAUUCUCCGAGUUAAUAAACAGAUUUACGCGGAAGCGCGGAACGCCUUCUUCGGCAAGAACACUUUCCACAUCACAUCAAUGCCAAGCACAAGCGACGACGACGUUGAAGGGUGCGGCGCAUUCGAACCCCCUCUACAAGUCCGAGAUCUCCAACUGAUACGGCAUCUCGAGAUCAACCCACUGUACUAUCCCAAGAAACUGAGGACAGAGCCCAGUGUCAGCGGAUGGAAGCCGGUAUGUCCCGCUGCGGAGCGGUACAUUAUGAACUUGACGCACGUACUCGGGUUCGUCCAAUCAACACUGCUCAGUUUAAGUUUCAUGACGGACACGCGGCCGUAUGCGAGCUUCAGCGACGAAGUGUUCGGUGCACUGUCAUCAGACGACGAAAGCAUGGACGACGACUCACUGGACGUGAAGAAGGUCUUGACGGCGUUUCAUGUUAUUGAGGGAAACGUGCGGUUCAGGAGCGCCAUCGCGGACCUCAUGGCGGUGAGGAACGUGGCUGUCGCCUUCUCGUUCCCGGAAUCAGACUUCAAUUAUCAUGUCGAGAAGCAAGAGCUAUGUAAGAGAGGGUUGCUAUUCCUAGCUUGUCAAACAGUCUUUGCAAGGAGUGAGAUUAAGAUCAAGGCUAUGCUGGAUGGGCUCAGCGGAGAUGAACUGGAAGAGAGCGAGGACGAGAAGGAAGAUGAGUCCGAAUCAAUAUUGGUGGCUGAGCACCGUCGGGCGUCGGUUGACGUGAUGCAUGAGGCUAGACGCGCCGUGGGAAUGAUGAAGUGAUCCUGCUGGGCAGAGAUGAAGGAUGAUGGACAUUCUGUUUUGAUGAUACCCAUGCUUGUAAAAUUCAGCAUAGACUUAGAAGGGGAUAGCGAUUUCACUGCCGUCACGACAGCACCGUAGACAACUUAGACAUCACAUAAGACAUAUGGACCAUAAGUCAGAGCCCCUUGUUUGUCCAACUCUAUCAUGCGUUGCCCUGCAUGCGCUAUAAUAAUCCCUGUGUACUUCCUGUGCCCAGGCGCGUC